GAUCCCUCGUUGCUGAAUGGCAAAGUGACGCUGCAUCAGGUCACUGCUGGGACUGUGCUGUCCAGGCAGGGAGAUCAGGAUGUUAAUGUUUGCUUUGUGGUCUCGGGGAUGCUGCAUGUGUACCAACGGAAGAUAGACUCGGAGGAGGACACCUGUCUCUUCAUUACCCACCCAGGAGAACUCGUAGGCCAGCUCGCUGUCCUGACUGGGGAACCCCUCAUUUUCACCAUCAAGGCCAAUCGAGACUGCAGCUUCCUGUCCAUUUCCAAGUCCCAUUUCUAUGAGAUAAUGCGAGAGCAGCCAAGCGUUGUUCUCGGUGUGGCCCACACUGUUGUAAAGAGAAUGUCUCCGUUCGUUAGGCAAAUUGACUUUGCCCUGGACUGGAUGGAGGUCGAGGCUGGACGAGCUGUUUACAGGCAGGGUGACAAGUCCGACUGCACGUACAUUGUGUUGAACGGUCGACUCCGCUCAGUCAUACGGAUGGAUGAUGGAAAGAAACACCUGACUGGUGAAUAUGGACGAGGAGACUUAAUUGGAGUGGUGGAGGCAUUAACCCAUCAGCCCAGAGCCACGACCGUGCACGCAGUCAGAGAUUCGGAGCUUGCCAAACUCCCCGAGGGAGCGCUGACAUCCAUCAAACGCAAAUUCCCCCAGGUUGUGACUAGACUUAUUCACUUGCUGGGCGAGAAGAUCCUUGGCAGCCUUCAGCAGGGAGGUCAUCCUCUUGGGUUGCACAGCUCGAGCAGCAAGUGGGAUGCUGGAAACCCUGCCAGCAAUCUCUCCACAGUAGCAAUUAUGCCGGUGUCGGAAGAGGUGCCGCUGACGGCUUUUACUCUGGAGCUCAAGCACGCUCUCAGCGCUGUGGGUCCUGCUUUGCUGCUCACCAGUGAUAACAUCAAACAGCGGCUUGGUUCUGCUGCGCUGGAUAGUAUCCACGAGUACCGCCUGACCAGCUGGCUGGGCCAGCAGGAGGACAUCCACCGGAUCGUGCUCUACCAGGCAGACAGCACCCUGACGCCCUGGACGCAGCGCUGCAUCCGCCAGGCUGACUGCAUCCUCAUCGUGGGGCUGGGGGACCAGGAGCCUACCGUGGGUGAGCUGGAGAGGAUGCUGGAGAACACUGCGGUCCGAGCUCAGAAGCAACUCAUCCUGCUCCAUAAGGAGGAUGGCCCUCUCCCUUCCCGAACCGUGGAGUGGCUCAACAUGCGGAGCUGGUGUUCUGCUCAUCUCCAUCUCCACUGCCCACGCAGGGUCUUCUCCAAAAGAAGCCUGCCCAAGCUGAUAGAGAUGUACGAACGCGUGUUCCAGAAACCACCAGACCGUCACUCUGACUUCUCUCGCCUGGCUCGUGUUCUGACUGGAAACGCCAUCGCCCUGGUGCUGGGGGGCGGAGGAGCCAGGUAGGUGGCUUAUCCUGGGUACGC